CUGGGGUGGGCGGGGGAGGCUGGGCCCGGGGCCUCUGGCGCGAUACCCGCAUGAGGACGCGAGUGAAAUAGACCAAGGUGGAAUUUCCAAGGGAAAAGCUUGGGGGUGGUUUUGGUCCAUUUCUCCAGCGAAGAAGUAGACAUGGCGAGCGACUCCCCGGCUCGAAGCCUGGAUGAAAUAGAUCUCUCGGCUCUGAGGGACCCCGCAGGGAUCUUUGAAUUGGUGGAACUUGUUGGAAAUGGAACAUACGGGCAAGUUUAUAAGUGGCGCCAUGUCGUUCUCAUACAGGAUGAAGAGGAAGAAAUCAAACAAGAAAUUAACAUGUUGAAGAAAUAUUCUCAUCACCGGAAUAUUGCUACAUACUAUGGUGCUUUUAUCAAAAAGAACCCACCAGGGAUGGAUGACCAACUUUGGUUGGUGAUGGAGUUUUGUGGUGCUGGCUCUGUCACCGACCUGAUCAAGAACACGAAGGGUAACACGUUGAAAGAGGAGUGGAUUGCAUACAUCUGCAGGGAAAUCUUACGGGGGCUGAGUCACCUGCACCAGCAUAAAGUGAUUCAUCGAGAUAUUAAAGGGCAAAAUGUCUUGCUGACUGAAAAUGCAGAAGUUAAACUCGUGGACUUUGGAGUCAGUGCCCAGCUUGAUCGAACUGUGGGCAGGAGGAAUACUUUCAUUGGAACUCCCUACUGGAUGGCACCAGAAGUUAUUGCCUGUGACGAAAACCCAGAUGCCACAUACGAUUUCAAGAGUGACUUGUGGUCUUUGGGAAUCACCGCCAUUGAAAUGGCAGAAGGUGCUCCCCCUCUCUGUGACAUGCACCCUAUGAGAGCUCUCUUCCUCAUCCCCCGGAACCCAGCGCCUCGGCUGAAGUCUAAGAAGUGGUCAAAAAAAUUCCAGUCAUUUAUUGAGAGCUGCUUGGUAAAGAAUCACAGCCAGCGACCAGCAACAGAACAAUUGAUGAAGCAUCCAUUUAUACGAGACCAACCUAAUGAGCGACAGGUCCGCAUUCAACUCAAGGAUCAUAUUGAUAGAACAAAGAAGAAGCGAGGAGAAAAAGAUGAGACAGAGUAUGAGUACAGCGGAAGUGAGGAAGAAGAGGAGGAGAAUGACUCAGGAGAGCCCAGCUCCAUCCUGAAUCUGCCAGGGGAGUCGACGCUGCGGAGGGACUUUCUGAGGCUGCAGCUGGCCAACAAGGAACGUUCUGAGGCCCUACGAAGGCAGCAGCUGGAGCAGCAGCAGCGGGAGAAUGAGGAGCACAAGCGGCAGCUGCUGGCCGAGCGUCAGAAGCGCAUUGAGGAGCAGAAGGAGCAGAGGCGGCGGCUGGAGGAGCAACAAAGGCGAGAGAAGGAGCUGCGGAAGCAGCAGGAGAGGGAGCAGCGCCGGCACUAUGAGGAGCAGAUGCGCCGGGAAGAGGAGAGGAGGCGUGCAGAGCACGAACAGGAAUAUAAGCGCAAACAACUGGAAGAACAGAGACAAGCAGAAAGACUGCAGAGGCAGCUAAAGCAAGAAAGAGACUACUUAGUUUCCCUUCAGCAUCAGCGGCAGGAGCAGAGGCCUGUGGAGAAGAAGCCACUGUACCAUUACAAAGAAGGAAUGAGUCCUAGUGAGAAGCCAGCAUGGGCCAAGGAGGUAGAAGAACGGUCAAGGCUCAACCGGCAAAGUUCCCCUGCCAUGCCUCACAAAGUUGCCAACAGGAUAUCUGACCCCAACCUGCCCCCAAGGUCGGAGUCCUUCAGCAUUAGUGGAGUUCAGCCUGCUCGAACACCCCCCAUGCUCAGACCAGUCGAUCCCCAGAUCCCACAUCUGGUAGCUGUAAAAUCCCAGGGACCUGCCUUGACUGCCUCCCAGUCAGUGCACGAGCAGCCCACAAAGGGCCUCUCUGGGUUUCAGGAGGCUCUGAACGUGACCUCUCACCGCGUGGAGAUGCCACGCCAGAACUCAGAUCCCACCUCUGAAAACCCUCCUCUCCCCACUCGCAUUGAAAAGUUUGACCGAAGCUCUUGGUUACGACAGGAAGAAGACAUUCCACCAAAGGUGCCUCAAAGAACAACUUCUAUAUCCCCAGCAUUAGCCAGAAAGAAUUCUCCUGGGAAUGGUAGUGCUCUGGGACCCAGACUAGGAUCUCAACCCAUCAGAGCAAGCAACCCUGAUCUCCGGAGAACUGAGCCCAUCUUGGAGAGUCCUUUGCAGAGGACCAGCAGUGGCAGUUCCUCCAGCUCCAGCACACCCAGCUCCCAGCCCAGCUCCCAAGGAGGCUCCCAGCCUGGAUCACAAGCUGGAUCCAGUGAACGCACCAGAGUUCGAGCCAACAGUAAGUCAGAAGGAUCACCUGUACUCCCCCAUGAGCCUGCCAAGGUGAAACCAGAAGAAUCCAGGGACAUUACCCGGCCCAGUCGACCAGCUGAUCUGACGGCAUUAGCCAAAGAACUAAGAGAACUCCGGAUUGAAGAAACAAACCGCCCAAUGAAGAAGGUGACUGAUUACUCCUCCUCCAGUGAGGAGUCAGAAAGUAGUGAGGAAGAGGAGGAAGAUGGAGAGAGUGAGACCCAUGAUGGGACAGUGGCUGUCAGCGACAUACCCAGACUGAUACCAACAGGAGCUCCAGGGAGCAACGAGCAGUACAAUGUGGGAAUGGUGGGGACGCAUGGGCUAGAGACCUCUCACGCAGACACUUUCAGUGGCAGUAUUUCAAGAGAAGGAACCUUGAUGAUUAGAGAGACGUCUGGAGAGAAGCGAUCUGGCCACAGUGACAGCAAUGGCUUUGCUGGCCACAUCAACCUCCCUGACCUGGUGCAGCAGAGCCAUUCUCCAGCUGGAACCCCAACUGAGGGACUGGGGCGCGUCUCAACCCAUUCCCAGGAGAUGGACUCUGGGACUGAAUAUGGCAUGGGGAGCAGCACCAAAGCCUCAUUCACCCCUUUUGUGGACCCCAGAGUAUACCAGACAUCUCCCACUGAUGAAGAUGAAGAAGAUGAAGAAUCAUCAGCCGCAGCUCUGUUUACUAGCGAACUUCUUAGGCAAGAACAGGCCAAACUCAAUGAAGCAAGAAAAAUUUCCGUGGUAAACGUAAACCCAACCAACAUUCGGCCUCACAGUGACACACCAGAAAUCAGAAAAUACAAGAAACGAUUCAACUCAGAAAUACUUUGUGCAGCUCUGUGGGGUGUAAACCUUCUGGUGGGGACUGAAAAUGGCCUGAUGCUUUUGGACCGAAGUGGGCAAGGCAAAGUCUAUAAUCUGAUCAACCGGAGGCGAUUUCAGCAGAUGGAUGUGCUAGAGGGACUGAAUGUCCUUGUGACAAUUUCAGGAAAGAAGAAUAAGCUACGAGUUUACUAUCUUUCAUGGUUAAGAAACAGAAUACUACAUAAUGACCCAGAAGUAGAAAAGAAACAAGGAUGGAUCACUGUUGGGGACUUGGAAGGCUGUAUACAUUAUAAAGUUGUUAAAUAUGAAAGGAUCAAAUUUUUGGUGAUUGCCUUAAAGAAUGCUGUGGAAAUAUAUGCUUGGGCUCCUAAACCAUAUCAUAAAUUCAUGGCAUUUAAGUCUUUUGCAGAUCUCCAGCACAAGCCUCUGCUAGUUGAUCUCACGGUAGAAGAAGGUCAAAGAUUAAAGGUUAUUUUUGGUUCACACACUGGUUUCCAUGUAAUUGAUGUUGAUUCAGGAAACUCUUAUGAUAUCUACAUACCAUCUCAUAUUCAGGGCAAUAUCACUCCUCAUGCUAUUGUCAUCUUGCCUAAAACAGAUGGAAUGGAAAUGCUUGUUUGCUAUGAGGAUGAGGGGGUGUAUGUAAACACCUAUGGCCGGAUAACUAAGGAUGUGGUGCUCCAAUGGGGAGAAAUGCCCACGUCUGUGGCCUACAUUCAUUCCAAUCAGAUAAUGGGCUGGGGCGAGAAAGCUAUUGAGAUCCGGUCAGUGGAAACAGGACAUUUGGAUGGAGUAUUUAUGCAUAAGCGAGCUCAAAGGUUAAAGUUUCUAUGUGAAAGAAAUGAUAAGGUAUUUUUUGCAUCCGUGCGAUCUGGAGGAAGUAGCCAAGUGUUUUUCAUGACCCUCAACAGAAAUUCCAUGAUGAACUGGUAACAGAAGAGCACUUGGCACUUAUCUUCAUGGCGUUAUUUCUAAUUUAAAAGAACAUAACUCAUGUGGACUUAUGCCAGUCUAGAGGCAGAAUCAGAAGGCUUGGUUGAACAUAUCGCUUUCCCCUUUUCCUCCCCCUCCGCCCCUCCCAAUACAGUCCAUCUUUCAAUGUUGCAGCCUGGUUGAGAAGGAGAGAAAAAGGUGGCAGGAAUUUCCAGGAGAUCCCCAAGAAUGCUGCCUUGUCUGUGGACAAAGAUGGACCAUGUGCCCUUCAGAGUUAGGGAUAGAAACAAAUAUUGUGUGCUCUUAAAAUGAUUAAGCUGUGUUAUGGUGGGUUUUCAGGUUUUUACCUUUUUUCUUUACCCCUUUACUCUGUAAGAAUGGGGAAAGAAUGCAUACUGAGAAAAUGAGUCUGUUUUUAAUUCUGUCUGCCUACUAGUUUUAAGUAUAUGGUAUGUUGUAAAAUUUCCAGUUUCCAGUGAUGAGAGACAGCACAAUAAAUGUACCUUAUCUCCUUACGCUGAAGGCCAUAACUACAUAGUGGGGUAAUUUAAGAACUCUCUUGCCUUCACCAACCCAAAAGGUUGCUUUUUGAUAGCAACUGGCUAAUGAAUUUUUAAAAGAGAAGAAAAAUACUAGUUUUCCCCUCUUUUGGGAAAUAGAUUUUAAAUGGCUAAACUACUAGCCUUAAAACUACUAGUCUAAUAAAAUCAACUACCACUUUUGUGAAUCUGACAGGCCGUAUUUUUAUAUGGCCCUUUACAGAAUGGAGUGUGUUGAAUAGGAUACUAAUGCCAUUGAGUUGAGCUGGCCUAGAGAUUGAGGGAUUCUCUAACACAACUUUCCCUCAGCUAUUAUGCAACAGAUCAGGGCAAAAGAUGGGAUGACAGAUGGGGUCAGACAGAAAGAGCUUCUGGGAAACAAGCUUACAUAUUCUUUUUUAAAAUGCACAAAGCCACCCCCCGCCCCCCGGCUAAGAGGUCACUUGGUUUGGGCUUCAUUAGGACUGAGACUUUGUUGAGUUGUUUCUGGGAAUUGGGGAGUGGAUGAUAUUCAGGCUCUCAACAUUCCCAGCGCUCUCCUGAGGGUGCCACUUUCUCAAGAUGAAAACUGUGACUGAAAAAAUUAAUAAUAAAUGUUUCUGAGCUGCCUGUGUUCUCCCUGGGUGGGUGAGAGAAGGGACUAGACUCCUAAGCCUGCCUCAGAUACAGGAGGCAUCAUUGGCUCCAAUUUUAGAGAACUUGAAAGCAAGGCUUUGGACAAAAUUUUGAGACCCUAAUCACUUUACCUUCCUCCAAAUUACCCAACAUAUGGUAAACAACAUUUGUGCAGAAAUAUGUAUGUAUUUAGUUCAGGUUGACUUGUGUCCUUAUAAACUCUUACUCAAAUGAUUUGAACUUUUAC